UAUUGUUCAAUUAUUUAAUAUUUAGGCCUGCAAUUGCUUAGUGUCUUCACUUAUGUAUCGCAACUUUAUUCGUUAAACAUGGUUAAUCAAGUUAAAGAUCUCUGUGGGGGUUCUACGCGAAGUAGUGGAUGGUUCGUCUAUUUUGGUGCAAUUACUGCUUCCUUGACGAGUUUCGAAAUAGGAGCAUGUUUCGUGUGGGCAUCUCCAUUUAUCAGAAGGUUUCUCUCAGAUGAUGUGGACAAUCCGCUCGGAAGACCUGCCACACAAAACGAAUCAGCAUGGAUCGUAUCUGCUUACAACCUGGGAAUGAUCUUUGGCCCAUUUAUAUCGAUGAUUAUCUUAAGAUACGUGACGAAGAAAACCAUGUUACUAAUUGCCAUGGCCCAUAAAGCUAUCGCCUUUUCAAUAUGCAUAUUCGCUUCCGACGUGUAUGUUUUCAUUGGAGCAAGAUUUCUUAUGGGUCUUGGUACCGGAUGCGUCUACAGCUCAAUUAAUCCAUUCAUUGGGGAAAUUGCUGAGGAUAACAUAAGGGGUGCCCUAGGGUUAUUCCCUGGUACAGCAACAUACUUAGGGAAUCUGUACUCAUACGUCAUAGGCCCUUAUGUGACAAUGACGUGGUUUAGUGUGGCCCUGCUAGUUCCUUUGGUGGCUUUCUUUGUGGCCUUUGGGUAUUUUGUCCCAGAUAGUCCCUAUGAUUUAUUAAUGAAAAACCACGCGGAUAAAGCCAAAGAGAGCCUAAGAAGAUUGAGGGGCAGAGACGAUAUUGAUGGUGAACUUUCCAUCAUAAAAGCAACAAUAGAAUCUCGCAUGUCAGAGAAAAUUCGGCCCAUGGACAUCUUAAGAGACUACGAAACUCGUAAGGCCCUAAUGUACUGCAUCAUUUUAAUGAUUAUUCAGCAGUUCGCGGGAAUCGGUGCUAUCGUGAGUUAUGCGGAAGUGAUAUUCAGGCAAACAGCGAAUUUAAUUCCCCCAUCCCUCUCGGCGAUAUCGUUAGCUUUGGGAGGUUUGGUCGGUAACAUAGGCUGCGUCCUCUUAGUUGAUAAGUUUGGCAGAAAAUUGCUUCUAACUACAUCCUGCGCUUUACUGACUCCUUGUCUUAUCGCAGUCGGGGCAUAUUUUUACCUUUAUGACCAUCACUAUGACGUCUCGUCCAUCUAUUGGCUGCCAACUGUGAGUCUAUUGCUGUUUGUGGCUUCGCACAGCUUCGGUAUGUCUACUACACCAUGGUUGCUUAUGGGAGAACUGUUUCACCCUAAAGUAAAACCCUUUACCUCUACCAUAGCAUCACUGACGGCUUGCUUAUGCUCUUUUACUGUUUCCUUGAGUUUUCCAUUUAUGCUUUCUGACUUUGGGAUGACGUACACUUGCGGUUCUUUUGCUUUCGUCACGAUUUGUGGGAUUUUAUUUUGUAGUCUUUUGUUGCCCGAGACGAAGUGUAAAAGUUUCCAGGAAAUUCAGUGUAUACUCGGUCGUGGCAAGAGGAAGACAGACAGUUCUGAUAAAUGUUAAAUUAUGUAAUGAUUUGAGUGAGUGUGCUGUAUUAGAAAAUUAUGUUAUUAGGUUAAGUAAGUUUGUAUUUAUUGUAUUGUUUUUUGUAUAGAUUAUAUUGUUUAUACUUUUUUAAA